AUGUUAAACUUUAGUAUACUACCGCGUCUAUCCAUUUGUUUAACCACCAUUUAUACCUUCAAAAUACUGAAUUCACGGACAUUCAAAAGAUCUCACUUCAUGGCAGCCUAUGGAACUCAAAUCAAUUUAUUUAAUUUAGGAACGAAGCUUCCAGAUGGUAUUCUGAAUAUAAAAUUGCACAAGGAUGAUGGGACAGAAACAUCAUUGAAAUCAAUAUUAGCUGAACUUCCAAGGGAUUGCAAGGGAAUCGUACUGUUCAUAUAUCCCAUGGCCAAUACCCCUGGUUGUACUGAGCAGGCUUGUGAUUUUAGAGACCAUUUUGCUAUUAUUAAAAAUAAAGGAUUUUUGACUUAUGGAAUCUCAGCUGAUACCCCUGAGUCACAGACCAAAUGGAAAAACAAGCACAAUCUCCCAUACAUUUUGCUGUGCGAUCGUAACAAGGAACUUAUAUCCGCAUUGAAUUGCCGCUUACUCAUUUUAUUCACUUCAAGAUCCCAUGUCAUAAUUGAUAGAAGUGGCACUGUUCUGUAUAUUGAAAGGGGAGUUAGUGCUGGAGAGUCUAGGAAAAAUUGUGUUGAAUUUAUUGAUAAACUGUAA